AUGCAGCCAGGAAACAGGAGACACAUACAUCCAGGACACUUCAGCGUGACCUAUGGUCGUGGAGGGCCUCCUUUGUGGACCCUCAUGUGGCUCCGCACAUCUGCAUCCUCACGGACAUCCGGGCCCUCACGGUGCAUCUUUAGCUCCACCUGGUGGUCAACACGGAAUUGUGCAGACAAGAUGGCGGCGGCCCCCGUGAGGACAUUGUGCUGUUCAGUGCUGAGGCUCUCCAGCAGGCAGUUCAGCACGACAUGUGGAGUACAGGCUGGAGAGAAGUGGAGGAAAGAACAUGGGCUUGCCCGAAGCGGUACAGAAUACGGCCCUCUGACAGAUCUGCCUGAUUGGUCGUAUGCAGAUGGGAGACCAGCCCCUCCAAUGAAGGGACAGCUGAGAAGAAAGCAAGAGAGGGAAGUUCUAUCAAGACGUAUCGUGAUGCUGAAUUCGGAGUUGGACAGAGGAAUAGAAAUGUGGAAUGAAAAACAACAAGAGGCUGAAAGAGUCAAGGAGCACAAGAAGUCUCUUUUACUGAAACCUAAAGGGAAAUUGUUAAUGGAGAAGAAAUCUAAAAGUUAGAAAAAUGUUGUAACCUUGCUCCUUAUUCUGAACAAUAUGUUGAUAUCAGCCUAUUGAAUAUAUUUAUGAGGACUUGUGGGUUUUCUUCUGCUGUAUAAUUUGUGUUUUUCACUCUUCAUGGAUUUCUGCAAUAAAUGUUCUGAUUUAUACUUUAAA